AUGAUCGCAAGAAUGGCAACGCUCACCGAUUACACCAAGAUCGACGGCUCUACCAACACAACGUCUCCAACAGCUUCGCCGACUUCGAAUACGUCAGGUAGUGCCAACUCUCACGGUUCCUCCUCGCAUGAAGUUGCAGUUGGAGUUGGUGUGGGUGUUCCACUUGGUGUCAUUGCCGCUAUAUUUUUGGUCUGGGCUUUGUGGGAAAGAAGAAGCCGACUGGGUAUUAUAGGGAAUUCGUCCUACGCAGGGGCCCAGAGUACCUAUGCCCUUGCUAAUCUGAGUGGUGGAAGCUCUCAGAAGCUGAAUACCCCCAACAUCCGGUUCUAG